CCAAGACGAUUGAGAAGCAGGUGAACCGGGAAGCGCCUCUCUUUCCUCCUCCCUCUCCCUCUUCCUCUCCCUCGCUCCCGCCACCACCCCCUUCCUCCACCCAUUAAUACCCUCCAAAUCGGAGCUUCGGAUCAGCCACAAAAUCCUUUUUUCGGACGCGCGGAGCCCGUACAGGCCAAACCUUGGGAUCACAGACCUGUUUCGCAGAAUGGAAGAGGAGAUAGACACCCCUAGAGAUUCUUCUUCUAAGCCAUGUGGGCCUUUGGAGGAGUACCGUAUUCCAGAUUACAUUUUAAAACCAGAUGCCCAACAGGUGCUUGUUGACCAUGCUCCACAAUGUCCUGUAUUAGUGUUCAUCAACUCGAAAUCUGGUGGCCAACUUGGAAGUAGUUUGAUCACCACAUACCGUGAGCUUCUCAAUGAAGCCCAGGUUAUUGAUCUGUCAGAAGAGGCUCCGGAUAAGGUUUUGCGCCGUUUGUAUGUCAACGUUGAAAGGCUCAAGAUUGAGGGGGACAUUCUCGCUGUUCAAAUUUGGAGGACGAUGAGAUUAAUUGUUGCAGGCGGGGAUGGUACAGCGAGUUGGCUGCUUGGGGUGGUGAGCGAUCUUAAGCUUUCCCACCCCCCUCCAGUUGCUACCGUACCUCUGGGAACUGGAAACAACCUUCCAUUUUCAUUUGGAUGGGGAAAGAAAAAUCCUUCUACAGACCAAGAGGCUGUAAAAUCGUUCCUUGGGCUUGUGAAACACGCAAAAGAGAUUAAAAUUGAUAGUUGGCAUCUACUUUUGAGGAUGCGAGCUCCAAAGGAAGGUCCAUGUGAACCCAUUGCUCCCUUAGAGUUGCCUCAUUCACUACAUGCGUUCCACCGUGUGUCAAGUGGUGACUCACACGAUGUGGAAGGUUACCACACAUUCCGCGGAGGAUUUUGGAAUUACUUCAGUAUGGGGAUGGAUGCAGAAGUGUCUUAUGCAUUUCAUUCCGAAAGGAAGAGAAAUCCAGAGAAAUUCAAAAACCAGAUGACCAAUCAGGGUGCAUAUGCUAAGCUUGGACUUAAACAAGGAUGGUUUUGCGCAUCUCUAAGUCAUCCGUCUUCGAGGAAUAUUCCUCAAUUUGCAAAGGUGAAGGUUAUGAAAAGAGCUGGUGGCCACUGGGAAGAACUACAAAUUCAUCACAGCAUUCGGUCGAUUGUCUGUCUCAAUCUGCCUAGUUUUUCCGGAGGUUUCAAUCCAUGGGGCACACCUGGCACGAGAAGAGCAGAAGAUAGGGAAUUCACAGCGCCUUACGUUGAUGAUGGUCUUCUUGAGGUUGUUGGGUUUCGUGAUGCUUGGCAUGGGCUGGUUUUGCUGGCUCCUAAUGGACACGGCCAUCGCCUUGCACAGGCCCACAGGAUCCGCUUCGAGUUCCACAAAGGUGCGGCGGACCACACAUUCAUGAGGGUCGAUGGGGAGCCAUGGAAGCAGCCCCUCCCAAAGGACGACGACACUAUCGUUGUGGAGAUCUCCUGCCUAGGUCAGGUGACCAUGCUAGCGAAUGAGCCCUGCAAGUCGAAGAGCUUCAGCGACCCGUUGUCGUCGCUCGGUCAUGAUAGCCACCACCACGACCAUGGCGAUGAAGACAAGGAUGGUGUUGGGGACGAGGAUGAGUGGGAGGAUGGCAGGAGGAAGUUUGGGGCCGCGGAUACGUUCAAGCUCCCUGAUGAGAUCGACAUUGCUCAUCUCAGCUGAGUUGCAUAUCCAUUUUGAUCUUAAAUAUCAUACUGUAACAGUUUACAAUACUUCAAGUAAGCGAUGCAGGUGCGGAGCAGCUAAUUUUGUUAAAUUUAAAAUUUGAUAUUAAGUAUGGAAUGUAUAGAGCAGAUUCUGGAUAGAAAUACACAAGUUAUUCCACAUAGAAUUUUACUAUGUUUUCUAUAAGUCCAUUUCCUUGUUAACCCUGUACAUUUUCUACAUUCUAUUAAUUGAAAAGCUUGCGUUGCUGGAUCUUUUAAAAA